AUGGGACAAGUUCAGAGUGAAGUCGCCGCCCCGGCCGCCGCCGCCUCUGCCUCUGCCUCUGUAGAUCAUGAAAGCAGGCCGUCGACGUCCUCAUCUUCCGCUGCCCGAGACAAUUCACAGCCAGCUUCCAUGGAAUCCUUGAUUGCUGAAGCUGCAGCAUUUGGCAAUGAUGGUGAGAAUGAGUCACUUGAUGUGAAGGCUCAAAAAGCAUUAGAAUGCCCUUGCAUAGCUCACUUGAGAAGUGGCUCAUGCGGUACCCAGUUUUCAGGGGCUUUUCUCUGUUUUCUCAAAAGCACUGCUGAAGAAAAGGCUGCUCUUUAUAAAGAAUCGGUCAGCUUGGGUUUCUACUGGCCUUUUCGAUCUGCUUCAUUGUUUAUUUACUCUAUGUUUAAAAUUGGAUAA